AGGGAUUGAGGGCAAGGGGUUGCCUGAAGGUGGAGAGAGUGAUGUUCCACGUGGGUGUGCCCCUUCUUUCAAACACUCUCUGAUAGUGAUAUUCCUUGGCAAUUGGGCUGAGGAUCUCCUUUAUAAAUGAGGCUCCAAGUCAUUAAAUACAUUUCUGCUGGAUUAUUCCAAGUCGUUGAGAGGCAAGAUCAGGCAGGGCUGAUAACCUUUUUUUUCUUCCUUUAGAAGGCAAAUCUGUGUGUGUUUGCAGAAAACAGCAUGUUUCCACUGCCACUUGGAAUUGUUUUUCUAACAUUUGCUGCACUUUCAGCAGCUUUCAGACUGGACAGGUCACCGUUUCUUAUAUCGGAGCAUGACCAAAAUAAGCAGUGUCCUGAUGACUGCCCCCACCGUGACCGCCAGAAACCAGUCUGUGGUAGUGAUGGGAAAAUAUACAAGUCUAUGUGCAGUUUCCAGAAGGCCAAAUGUAAUGAUCCAUCCCUGGAAGUGCAGCCUCGGUCCCGCUGCAGUGGUGUAAAUGUGAUGCGUUGCCAGAAGGACAGAGCACAUGCAAUUUCACGGGCGAAAACACAAGCAGAUAAUGUAUAUAUCCCAGAAUGCAACGAAGACGGGUCAUUUGUACAGGUCCAGUGUCAUAAGAAGAUUGGGUACUGUUGGUGUGUGACUGCUGAAGGAAAACCAAUCAUUGGGACAUCAGUCAGAAACCAGACUCCAAACUGUACAGGCACUUUUCCUGUUCGCACAUCACUGCAAGACCCAACAUCACCAAGUCGAGUUGCCUUUGAAUUUUUCUCUUCUCUGAAUGCAGAAGAGGGGGUGAAACCAAAACCUACCCCAGAAGUCUACUUGCACAGCAAAGCAGAAGAUGUAACUAUGCCAUCAUUUUGGAUCACAAACCUUUUCAGUAAGGAUUCUAAAUUAAUUCGUACACCAAAGCGUCCUCAAGUAGAUUAUUCCCCAUCAUGUCAGCAAAAUCGUCAAGAUGCCAUUGAAGAAGCUAAAGCACAACCAAAUGAAGGAGCGUUCAUUCCUGAAUGUGAAGCAGAUGGACGAUACAAGUUAGUACAGUGUCAUCAAACCACAGGCUACUGUUUCUGUGUGAGAGAGGACACUGGGCGACCCAUUCCAGGAACAUCCAUCCGUUCAGGUCAUUUUCUGCCAGACUGCACUAGUGACACAGAGAAGAAAAAUGCUGAAAUGAGAACACAGUUCAAAGACAGAGCAUUGCCAGGUUGUCCUGGACCAAAGAAAACUGAGUUUCUGUCAACUCUAGUAAGGUCUUUGACAUCUGACAUGGUACGCCAUACAGGAGUUAUGCAUAUACCAUUUAGGAGAUUACAUGAAGGUUCCCAGAGUCCUACAUUAGAAGAGAAAGCUGUUCGGUGGCACUUUGUUCGCCUUGACAAGGACUUCAAUAAUAACAUCAAUGAAAAGGAAAUUCGCCCUUUAAAGACUUUCAUGAAAAAGCAUGCCAUGCCAAAGCGGUGCAUAAGGAAGUUCAUGGAGUACUGCGACCUGAACAGUGACAAUGUCAUUUCACUUCAGGAAAUGAAAGGAUGCUUGGGACUCAGCUAAAAUUAGAUCCCUUGAAUGUGCAGAAGAACCUAGAAGAAAGUCCUUCUAGAUCACAAGAGGAAUAUUAAGCACUUCAUUCUUGCCUUUGGAUUGCAGAGUUUUUUGCACUGUGAACUAUAGAUUAAUUAUAUCAACCUAAGACCAAUGUUUAUUAUAAUAAAGAAAGUGCACCUUACUGGCUGCUACUGGUGUAUAAUGUGAGAUACUGGUCGACUGGUUUUAUUUGCGGUAUUUUGCUCUUUAGCCUUUUUCCAAUAGGUAAAUUAUACAGUAUACAUGUUAUUGUCACUUUUAAUUUAGAAAAAAAAAUGUCUCUGUUAUGUGUGGAUUUUUGCUACUUUCCUAUUCCUACAGAACAUAUCUUGGUAAUCACUAAGGAUAAAUUAUAGAAUUGUAUGUUACAUUUACUUUUUUGUGGCAGAAGAUAUUAAUAAAAUAGCUUUUGGAAGAGAA